AUGCAGUACAAGCUCGUCCUCGCCCUAUUUGCCACUACGGCUGUUGCUGGGUACAUUCCGAUCAGCGGCGAGCCCGUCGGCACCAGUCCGGAUGGCACCUCUGGCUACCAAUCGCGCUCGCCCGGAUCUGAGAACGGCGGCUCCUCUGCCACCUCUACCCCGCCCUCCAGUGUAGGCUCAGGCUCGGGCAGCGUCCCCGGCGGUACGACUCUCGGCCAGGCCCAGCAGGCGUGCGGCGAUGAUAGCGUCCUCAGCUGCUGCAACCAAGAGACAGAGUCUGGCGACACCAACACAGAGGCCUCUGGACUCCUCUCCGGGCUGCUCGGGGGCAUCCUCGACGGCGAUGCCGGCCUAGGGCUGCUCAGUGGAUGCUCCAAGAUUUCCAUCCUAGGUGAAGCUGAUCGGCCCGACCUAGACCUCAGUGAUAUCCUGGGAAGCCAAUGCUCACAGACUGCUGCCUGCUGCUCCAGCGGCAACGUGGACCAGAGUUCAAAACUUAUUGGCCCCGCUACCGUCCAGGAAGCUCAUGAUUCCAUCGUACUCUCCUCCGGGUUGCCACAAGAGCGGGACAUGUAUAUGAGGAGCUUGUCUGGUCGAGACAAUACGGCAAAAUCACUAGAUACACGCAAGCUGACUACUGAGCUCAGCAUACAACGAAACAUCGAACGCGAAGCAUAG